AUGGGUCGGGUCCUCAGUCGCAAAAAGCGUCGAAGGCGGGAGAGAGAAUCUAAAAUUAUCGAAAAGCAACAAGCGUUGCUGAGGGAUCAUGAUGCGCUUCUUACCAUCAAGAGUCAUGCUGAUCUAUUCUCAACGUUGAAGCUGGAUAUUGCAGCCUCGCGGCCCCGAAACCAAUUUCUUUUCCAGUUGUCUAAAGAGCGAGAAUGGAUUCAAGACGAGUUCGACUACAGUGGAAAACUCGACAUCGAUGUUGAUGAAGUGGCAUAUGAGAGCGUCAAAGCACAACGGGUGGAAGACAAAAUUUGGAAUCCGAAUGGAAAUGAUAAGGGUUCAGAAUCAGCGGCUGGAAGCCCUGCAGGAGGCAAGGCAAAAGCUGGUCGCUACGAUGUCUCCGUCCUCAGCAGGGAAGACGGCAAGUCAUAUCCCUCGGCAGACGAAAGCCGUGCAGGCUGCUGGGCAAAGGGAGGCACCAUGAAGUCUUUGCCUACCACCGGUAGAGCUACCCUUCAGAACGACACGACCGACACAAGUUAA